AUGAUCACUUUGCGAUAUUUUGCGAUUCCAGCAAUACCAAUGUCAUUGACAAAUACGGACUGCCCAGAACUCAAGCUCAUUGCCCGCGGCAAGGUGCGGGAUCUGUACGAUGUUGACGAAAAGACUCUACUUUUUGUCGCCACGGACCGAAUCAGCGCUUUUGACGUUAUCAUGAAAAAUGGCAUUCCUGGCAAGGGCAAGAUAUUGACACAAAUCAGCCAAUUUUGGUUUGAUUUGUUGAAGGGUGUUGUCCCAAAUCACUUGAUCACUUGCGAUGUCGACGAGAUGCCAGAGUCUGUGCAAAAGUACCGAUCAAAGAUUGAAGGCCGCGCUAUGCUGGUUCGCAAAUUGAAGAUCUUGCCUGUCGAAGCGAUUGUGCGGGGCUAUAUCAGCGGAUCCGCGUGGAGUGAGUACAAGAAGAAGGGCACAAUUUGCGACAUACCUUUACCAGCCGGAUUGAGAGAAUCUGAAGAGUUCGAGGAGCCGAUCUUUACGCCAAGUACAAAAGCCGAGAUAGGAGACCAUGACGAAAACAUUCACCCUGACAAACUUCCUGGCAUCAUUGGGGAGCGGUAUGCUAAGGAGGUUGCCGAGGUGGCUGUGAAAAUCUACACUAAGGCGAGAGAUUACGCGCGAACGAAGGGUAUCAUCAUUGCGGAUACCAAGUUCGAAUUUGGAGUUGAUGAGAACGGCACCCUCGUGCUUGCGGACGAAGUCCUCACCCCAGACUCGUCCAGAUUCUGGCCGGCAGAUAAAUACGCCGUUGGCCAAGGGCAACCAAGUUACGAUAAGCAAUACCUUCGCGAUUACCUCACAUCCAUCAAUUUCGACAAAUCGGCUGGGGUUGAGCUUCCUCAAACGGUUGUGGAUAACACCAUGGCCAAAUACGUUGAGGCGUUCACCAUCCUCACUGGCAAUCCACCACAACUUUAAUUCAUCCCAUGGGGGUUCCAUGUCACCAUCCUAGGGCAGCGUAUGAUAAUGAAAACAGUUUCCUCAAACAUCAAAGUGCACAUUUUCAAUCAGUCGUGUUCAAACCGGCAACCCUACUGUAUUUCUAGCAAAGUAUCGCGUCAUGUAACCUAAUCCUGUUCCGAUCUAUUAAUACUGGACUAUCUUGACGCAAUACAAGCUGAAAUUUGGUGGCCUACCUGAUACCCCUCCCGGGACGUAGGAUCCAAGAUAAUAAAGCAGUGCAAAAAUUUGUAUGACACUGCAAAUGAUAGUCAUGAUAGUAUAGUUUUUCUGUUUUGUUCAAUGUGAGACUCGAAUUGCACAUCAAGCGCUAUUUGAAACAUACCACCACAGCAAAAUAUAACGUAAGU